AUGAAAGAUUCGGUAGAAUGCGAUCAAAUGGAUCAUAUAACUUGUCAUAUCUUAGAUACUACUAAAGGUAAACCAGCUGCUGGUGUUACUUGUCAAUUGUAUUAUGUGUCACCAAUUGUCAGUGAUGCCGAUGACGAAUCCUUAUACAGUAACAACAAUGAUCAAGCAUUUGCAAUGGGAAAGACUGAUGCAGAUGGAAGGAUAAAAAACUGGAACUUCAAUCCUUCAGCAGACUUAUCCCAUUUAGGAAUAGACAAUAUGAAAUGGGAAACUUUAAAGCCUGGUGUUUAUAAGGUUAAGUUCUUAACUGGGAAAUAUUUUUGGUUAAACAAGAGCAAGACGUUCUUUCCAUUUGUAGAGAUUUUAUUCAAUAUUGAAAGUGAUGAACAUUAUCAUAUUCCUUUGUUGUUGUCCAACCAUAGUUAUAGUACAUAUAGAGGGUCAUGA